CAAGAGAGGACUAAGCCAGCCGCUCAAACCUUGGCUGCAGCCAUCUAUCCUGUAUGCGGUCAUCGGGGUGGUAAAUAGCGUUAGUAUCUGGCCAGCCGCGUGCAGGCAGCACCACAAGAAAUGUUUAAAGAAGGGCUUACGACGACUUAUUAAGCUAUUGUCAGAAUAUGGGUGUACAUUGAGAUAAGCAGCAAUAUCCCAUUGUUUCCAACACCAACUUUACAUACCACCUAGUUACCUUAGAGUGUCCGUCCCAGACCCGGCAGCAUGGGUUCUGCUCCAAUCGAAAGGCUCCCGACCGAACUCCUCCAACCCAUCUUCUUUGCUUCCGGACAUAACAUCGCAUUGCUCAGAGCUUCUAAUUACAUCGGAGCUCAACUGUCGGACGAGUACGUGUAUAACUCAGCUUGCGACCACCACCUCACCAGGGCGCUUGGCAGUCGUGCCGAACUGUCUAUAGCUCAAACAUACAUCUUCGCUAGCAAAUGGAUGACCUGGACCUUCUUCAAAUCUUGGGUUCUUCGGAGAUUCGGGCCCAAAGGUUGCUUGUGUGAUUCUUCGUCUGAAGACGGCUGCUUCGACGCGCAAUGGCCCCCAAACUUCAAUGACGCUACCGCCAUGGUCUUUUCUCGAAGUCAUCUACCCAAGUUAUCAUUCGUCACGGGUCGUAUCCCGAAGAAGCUACUGCGAGGACCCUGGGUUCAGGACAAGAUACAAUUCCUGCGGUUUAUCUUGUGGAUCACUAGCAUGACUGUCGACUGGCGGGACCCAAAAGCCCACCAGAUUGCCAUCGAAGGCAGGAAACAAGCCAUGUUAGAAAAGAGCCUAGAGGCAGUCGAGCUGUUCAACCAUAAUCGUCGGUUGGGCAAAAUGGCAAGCUUAUCAACUGUACGCUUUGCCGUUAUGGAAGCCGGGUGUGAUCGAUCAAUCGUAUACGACACACUAUCCACAGCCAAUACGUCCAGUAAACGCAGUUUCUCAUGCGAUUGUGCUGCGCUCGAGGAUUGGUGCGAAGCCCGAAUGGAAAAAGGUGACCCCAAGGGGCAGUGGUUACGAGCAAAAUUGGGAGAACUUCGCAACUUCAGCAGCCAGAGACAAACAUACCAAGGUGAAGACAGCGGAAACAUCUGUGUAAUAAGCAGUGAACUAAAUCCAGAGACGGGAGACUACGACGGUGGAGAUGAGGAUCGUCUGGUGCUGAACAAGCUCGUGUGGAAUCAGGGGUAUCGCUCAUUCGGAUGGUGGUGUUACAGUAACGUACCAGAAGAGAUAUUUGGAAUCCACAAAGUCAGCAGAGAUGAGCUUGGAAGAUUCUGGAUAUACUCCCACGGCCAACACCACAUAACUAGGGGGCGAUCAGAAAGGGAAGGACCCUGGUUUAGGCUCCACAUGUGGGUUCCUCAUUCCUCGUAUCGGGGCAGAAGGACUGCCUAAGCUUACAGAAUCUCUCUAUCUUGUUACAUCUGUCAGUUUGUUUUUCGCUUUGGGCGCGAUUGGGA